AUGACCCCUCCACUCUCUCUCGUGGACUCUCACAACGGCUCCCAUGCCACAACCCUAGCCGCCUCCGAUGAGGAUGAAUCCGCCUACCUUCGCCGCGCCAAAAUAUUCCACUGGGUCCGCGUCUCCAUCUCCAGCAUCAUUUUCGUCAUUGCCAUGGCCGUCAUCGGCUGCGAAGUCCGCUCCCUCCGCUUCUACCAACAAACUAACCCUUUCAAGAACUGGGACCUCGUCCUGUGGCCUGAGAAACUUGAUCUACGCCCGACAACGGCACUGAUUGCCUGCGGAAGCAUCAUCGCCCUGCUCACCCUGGCCUAUCUCAUUUUUUCUUUCCUCCCAUCUCCUCACGCCCGUAUCAUUCUCCUAAACAGCCUCAUAGCUAUCGUGGCCCUCAGCGGCCUCAUCGCUGCCAUCGUCUCCGUCGCUUUCACUACCGUCGUCACCGACCCCCGUGUGAACAACGGCGACAACGUUGGCGAAACUAUCCACACCUGGACGUGUAAAUGGGGUUAUGCAGAUGGCCUUGACGAGGAGGGUAGACCAGUCGAUGCCACGGAUGGAUUUGGUCGGCUGUGCAGGGACACACAUGCGUCGUUUGCGCUUAUGUGUGUGUUGAUUGUGCUUGAGGCUGCGCUGGGGGUUGCGUCGUUGCUGGGGUGGUGGAUGGAGUUCGGGAUGGAGAGGAAGAGAGGGGUCGUGGUUGAGGUUGAGGCUGGAGUGAUGGAAGCGCGCAAACAGAGUAGGGAUGAGGAUCAUGAUGGGAAAAGUUCUUUGUUCUAA